UUAUUCCCCGUCUUGCAGCCGACAUCGGCCUGGCUGAAUUUGGGCGCAAGGAGCUCGUUAUGGCAGAGAAUGAGAUGCCUGGGCUGAUGGCUCUGCGUCGCAAGUAUGGGCCGUCCAAGCCCCUCAAGGGGGCUCGCAUUGCAGGCUGCCUCCACAUGACAAUCCAGACUGCAGUGCUCAUCGAAACCCUGAUUGAGCUGGGUGCCGAGGUGCAGUGGUCAAGCUGUAACAUCUUCUCAACUCAAGAUCAUGCAGCUGCUGCAAUAGCCAAGCGCGGUGUGCCUGUAUAUGCCUGGAAAGGAGAAACGGAGGAGGAAUACAUUUGGUGUAUUGAGCAGACCCUUGUGUUCAAAGAUGGACAGCCACUAAACAUGAUUUUGGAUGACGGCGGUGACCUGACAAAUCUCGUGCUCACCAAGUACCCUCAAUAUGUCUCUGGCAUUCGAGGUGUGUCCGAGGAAACUACCACGGGUGUUCACCACCUGUACAAGAUGAAGAAAGAGGGCAAGCUCACGAUCCCUGCGAUUAACGUCAAUGACUCUGUGACCAAGAGCAAGUUCGACAACUUGUAUGGUUGCCGGGAGUCUCUGGCUGAUGGCAUCAAGCGGGCAACUGACGUCAUGAUUGCUGGCAAGGUGGCUUGCGUGGCUGGCUUCGGCGAUGUCGGCAAGGGUUGUGCCCAGUCGCUCCGUGGCUUUGGUGCCAGGGUGCUUGUUACGGAGAUUGACCCCAUCAAUGCCCUGCAGGCCGCCAUGGAAGGUUAUGAGGUAACCACAAUGGACGACGCCGCUUCAAGGGCCUCCCUGUUUGUGACAGCUACGGGCUGCCGUGACAUUUUGCGUGGCGAGCAUUUUAUGAAGAUGCGCAACGACUCUAUUGUUUGCAACAUUGGCCACUUCGACAUUGAGAUUGACGUGAAGUGGCUGGACCAAAAUGCCGUGGAGAAGGUCGAGGUGAAGCCACAGGUGGAUCGCUACAAGCUCACCAAUGGGAACCACAUUAUCUGCCUUGCCCAAGGCCGUCUUGUGAACUUGGGCUGUGCCAUGGGUCACCCAUCUUUCGUCAUGAGUACCUCCUUCACCAACCAAGUGCUUGCCCAGAUUGAGCUCUGGACCAAGAGCGACCAGUAUGCGGUUGAUGUCCAUUUCCUGCCCAAGAAGCUCGACGAGGAGGUGGCUGCCCUUCACCUGGAUCAUCUGGGUGUCAAGAUGACUAAGCUGACCAAUGAGCAGUCCUCAUACCUGGGUAUUCCAUCUGAGGGUCCCUUCAAGCCUAAUCACUAUAGAUAUUAGGAUGAUUUUCACUUCCUUCGUGGUGAUGAGUUUUUUAAUCGCUGCUUAUGUAAUUCUGGAUAUAAUUUUUGGGAAUAAACUGGUGCCAUUGGUUUAUA